AGGCACCUCAACGGAAAGCAGAGGACCGCACCCCGCGCGAAGCAAACGAUCUCUCUCUCUCUCUCUCUCUGCCGCCUCGCCACGGGAGUCAGGAGUCAGGACGCCAUGCAGAGCCCCCGGCCCGAAGAAGACCGCGUCCGAGACGGCAGCGCGACCGCACCGCCACCCGUUCUGCCCGCGACCGCGACCACGUCCACCACCACCGCCCGGACGAAGCGCUCGGCGUCCAUGCCCCUCUCCGGCGCUAGCGCCGGGACCGGAAGGGACAGGGACCCCUCCCCGGCACCGGCACCGGCACCGGCGCCCGGCGGGCGCUCGCGGCUCCGCGACGAGCAGUUGAGCCAGCUCCGGGAGCUCUUCAUCCGCUUCGACCUCGACGGCGACGGGAGCCUCACCAAGCUGGAGCUGGCGGCGCUGCUCCGCUCCCUGGGCCUCCGCCCCGCGGCCGGGGACGAGAUCCACACGCUCAUCGCCGCCAUGGACGCCGACGGCAACGGCACCGUGGAGUUCGACGAGCUCUCCUCCUCCCUGGCGCCGCUGCUCCUGGGGCCCUGCCGCCCCGCCGUGGCCGUCGACCACGCGCAGCUCGCCGAGGCCUUCCGCGCCUUCGACCGCGACGGCAACGGCUUCAUCUCCGCCGCCGAGCUCGCGCGCUCCAUGGCGCUCAUGGGCCACCCCAUCUGCUACGCCGAGCUCACCGACAUGAUGAAAGAGGCCGACACCGACGGAGACGGCGUCAUCAGCUUCCAGGAGUUCACCGCCAUCAUGGCCAAGUCCGCCGUCGACUUCCUAGGCCUCGCUGCUCUGUGACUUCCUCUCUCUCUCUUCCUACACAUCGGAGGCGAUCUCCUUCUCUGUUCGUGCGUUCCUUCCCUUUUCUUCUCCAUUUGGCAAUUGCCAGUGCGCGUUCGAAGUGAAUUGAUAUGUGCGAUGUCUGUAAAUAUGCUGUGAUGUUGCGCUAGUGAUUUCUUCUUCUUCUUCUUUUUUGACAAGGGUCUAGUGGCCAUUUGAAAUUGCGAUUCACAAAAGGAGAAUCGUGUUCAUCACUAAUGAAUGGUUUGAAGGUGCACGG